UAAUAACCCAUUCCUCCAGCCCCCACCUUUAAUUUCCUCUCUGGCUUGGCAAUUCCAUCCCCAACCUCUUACCCUGUUUCUAAAAGUGAAGCUAAUCGCGCUCAUCUGGUCAAUGGGAGUCCCAAACCACCUUCAGGCUCUAGAUUUGGAAUCCAUAAAGGGGAGAAAAUUGUAACUUUCAGUCGCUGAUGAACAGUAAAACCGCCCAAGUGUUACAGGUGGUUUCAAGCUUUCCCAUGUCUGCCAUGUCCCCGUUCUCCAGUGAGGGGGUGGGGAGGUUCGAUCUACAAUGGUGCAGCCAAACUGCUCUUGGAUUCCAGAAACAAUGGCUAGAUUCAAAUCGAUAGACAAAAAUCAAUUUCUUCGUGAACGUAUUUGGUCACCAUUUCAGAGCGGCUGCUGCAGCUGCACUUCCAUGUUUCUUGAAGGAUUUUGCCAACGUGAGGGAUAAUCUCAAGAGAGGGCCUGUUCAUCAUGCAGCUGCAGAUGGGUUUACCGAUGCAUGCAAGUACUUUCUGGAGGAUCUGAAGCUCGAUGUCAACGAGAAAGAUAACUUAGACAAGACCCCUCUAAUUUAUGCUGCUGAGCAUGGACAUUCAGCUACAGCCAAAUUCCUUGUGGAUUAUGGUGCUGCCUUAGAAUUUGAGAGGGGAAGAUAUCCUCUUCUUUAUGCUGCAAAGAAGGGUGAUAUUGAGUUAAUGAAAUCCUUACUUUCUAAGGGUGCAAAAGUUGAUUUUGUUAACAGUGAUUUCUCUACUUCACUUGGUCAUGCUGCAUUAUGUGGCCAACCUGAUGCUUGCAGACUUCUGCUUGAAAAUGGUGCUAAUCCAAAUGGGCAUCCUGAUUACAAGUCUUUCUCUCCUCUCGGAUUGGCUAUCCGUUCAUGUUCUCUCCCUUGUGUGCAGUUGUUGGUGGAGGCAAAUGCAACCUUGAAUAGUCCAGCCACGAGCUGGGGAGGAAACCCUUUGCACCAAGCUGCGUUUUUUGGCCACCAAGAAAUCGUGAAAUACUUAUUGGAAAAUGGAGCAGAUCCAAACAUUAAAUGUGUUACAAGGUUUUCGGAUGAUGAUGUUUGGAUACCAAGGAAACCAAUACAGGUGGCAGCUCAAUAUGGUAAAGUAGGUGUGGUCAAAGUUCUUUUCCCCCAUACUACACCGAUUGAUGGAUAUGCAGAGUGGAGCAUUGAUCGCAUUCUUGGUGACAUGCAACCUGGAAGUAUGAGGAAAGGAGGGGGCACAUGGAAAAGGAAAAAGAAAAGACAAAGCAGAGAGGAUGCAUAACGGAAAGGGAAAAAAUCUUUAGAUCAAAGAAAGGGAGCAUAUUGAAGAUGUUUGUUCAUGAACUUCUACUUAAUUCCAUUGUGUAAAAAACCUAUUAUUACUUUUCAGUAGAAUUGUUUGCCAUACCUUUUUAUUUUGUGUAGGACGGGAGUUUCAAUAUUCAAUUGCUUUACUCCAUUAGACCAUGCCUUAAUAUUCUUUUUUCAGUGCCCCAUGCCCUAAAGGUCACAUUUUAUUUAUGUUCUAAAUUUGAUUUGCAAAAGUUGAAUGGCACCAAGAGUUAAGGAAGUUUAUAAUUGAAGUUUGGCUC